AUGGGCAACGAACAAUCGCAAGUCUCUGGAGGCCAUAAUCGGUUCGGAUUCCGGGUUCUCAGGAGCAUCAAACCCGAAGUACCGUUAGAACCAUGGUUCGAUUUCAUCUGCGGCAUCAACGGGCGCGAAAUUGAUGACGCCGACCCUCGAUUAUUUCAAGAAGAAGUCCGGAAUUGUGCUGGCUAUUCUGUGACGUUGGGAGUAUGGAGUGCUAAAGGUCAAAUACUUCGGAAUAUCACAAUACCAUUACCACCGGUUACUGAAGAGAGCCCGUCGCCGCUGGGAGUUUCACUGAAAUGGAUGAGCUUGGGUGUCGCGGAGGAUGUAUGGCAUGUACUGGAUAUAUCGCCGGGAAGUCCAGCUGAGGUUGGGGGAUUGCUACCAUACAGCGAUUACAUCAUUGGGACCCCGCGUGGGGUUGUCAGAGGAGAAAGUGGAUUGGGAGAAUUAGUUGAAGAUCAUAUCGACCGGCCUCUUCAACUUUACGUCUACAACCGUGAGUUCAACUUAGUCCGCGAGGUGACUAUCCUCCCUCGAAGACACUGGGGUGGCGAUGGUGCACUCGGCUGCGUCCUUGGAUACGGCGCUCUCCACCGACUCCCGCCUCCGCUCGAAGAACCCCUAAGCCAGCCUGGCGAAGCAAUAUUCGAGUACCCACCCACCGAUGCGGCAUUCCUAGGUGGCGAACCAGGUCCAGAAGUAACGACAUCACAAGAUGGAUCAGCGUUCAUAACCCCUGCAUUCGCUUUACAAGGCCAAGCGACAUCACCUCCCCCAGGAGCACCGCACAUGUUCACACCGAGUGACGCAUAUGCAGCAACAAGGAGUCCACCGCCACAAACGUCUACUCCUCCCGUUAUGAUGGAUCCUGCGGCUAUAGCCGCUUUGCAGAGUGGUCGACAAACACCCUCAACCCCGCCACAACCGCCACCAAUGAGCUCUCCGUAUUCACAGGGUCAGAGUGGCGCUCCGGGGGGUGGACCGCCGCCUGCGAGGGCUGGGAGGGGGAAGAAAGCUGUUAGGAGUAAUAGAACAAAUCUGAUGGAUGCUUAUAUGAUGGAGGAGGAGAAUAAGAGCAAAGAGGAUGAUUAUCAGGUUGAUGCUGUUGGUGGGGCAAAGAGCCCACCCCCACCUCCUGGAGGAGCAAGGCCGCCGCCACCGAAAAAGGCUUGA